UUGAUUUCUGCACGGCUUUUUUCGGGCCUCGAAAUGCUCUGCUUUCAGCGUGCCUGUCGAUUCUCCGUGCAAUCCCUUCAACCUCUUCAACCCCUACUCCUCAAUCCAAUACCCAAUUCACAACUUAUCAGACACUACGCAGCUGUUCCCAAUGUUGCUCCGGGUGCGAAGAAAGCUUAUGUCCGAGAUAGACCCCAUAUGAACAUUGGUACAAUCGGGCACGUAGACCAUGGAAAGACUACAUUAACUGCAGCAAUCACCAAGAUCCUUUCUGAAAAGAAACAGACCAUUUUCCGCAGUUAUGAGGAAAUUGACGCCGCACCCGAAGAGAAGAAACGCGGAAUUACGAUCAACGCAGCUGUUGUCGACUACUGCACAGAUAAUCGACACUACGCCCAUACCGAUUGUCCUGGUCACGCUGAUUAUGUGAAAAACAUGAUUACUGGCGCUAACCAGAUGGAGUGUGCCAUUCUGGUGGUUGCAGCCACCGAUGGUACAAUGCCCCAAACCCGUGAGCAUUUGUUGUUGGCCAAGCAGAUAGGGAUCGAGAAACUGGUUGUGUUUAUCAAUAAGGCCGAUGCAGCGGAUCCGGAAAUGCUCGAACUGGUCGAACUUGAAGUGCGAGACACUUUGAAGCAGUACGGAUUUGAUGGGGACAAUACACCUAUUGUCACUGGCUCCGCGCUGUGCGCUCUGGAGGGCAAAGAUCCCCAGGUCGGGCGAGAGAAGAUCUUAGAGCUACUCAAUGUGAUUGACGAGGUUCCACUGCCAAAACGCGAGAAGGACAAGCCCUUCUUGCUCCCUGUUGAGCAUGUGUUUUCUAUCACCGGUCGUGGCACAGUCGUUACGGGUCGGAUCGAACGAGGCACAAUUGCUUUACAAGCUCCAGUAGAAAUUAUCGGAUACAACCAGUCUUUGAAAUCCACCGUAACAGGUAUUGAAAUGUUUCACCAGCUCCUGUCUCAGGCCGAAGCAGGAGAUCAAGUUGGUUUGUUGUUGCGAGGUAUCAAACGAGAUGAGAUCCGUCGUGGUCAGGUCGUAUGUGAACCAAAGUCCCAGUCGAUGCAAAACUACAUCCAAGCCCAAGUGUACAUGCUGUCCAAGAAAGAAGGUGGUCGUGCCAAACCCUUCCUUAACAGGUAUCAAUUGCAGGUGUUUAGCAAGUCGUGGGAUUGCCCCGCGUACAUUAUACUGCCGGAAAACAAGGAGAUGGUCAUGCCUGGAGAAGACGCUACGAUCGAGUUAGACUUCCAAAAGAAAAUGGUCCUUGAGCCAGGUCAACGAUUUACAUUGCGCGCCAGCGGAAAUACUCUGGGCUAUGGCGUUGUGAGCAAAAUACUACCUGAUCCAGGUCGCGGAAAUUGGGAUGAUUGAUCAACGGAAGAGUUAUGUGUACUCAUGCUGUGCGCAUUUCCGGUCAUCGUAGCUUUUGUAUCUAUCGCGCCGUUUGACACGUGCAUAAAUGCCCUUAUCAUGUCUUACGAAUUCUGAUUACGCAGCCUCCAUUAUGACUCACAGACUUUUCUAGCUUGUUAUCAGAAGUUUGACUAUGCAGAGCUUCC